GUCGAUCCAUUGCUUGGCACCCUCCCCAUUUUUCUUGGGCCAUCAAUAGACCAUGUCGGGGCAUUCACAUCACUCCUCUGCUACCCCACGAACUUGCCGUCCCUUCUCCCGAACAUCUAUGCGAUACUUGUGGUGUUGGAGACGCAUCACACGACACCUCUCUCACACCCUCUCGAACCCUCUACAGGGGCGGAGCAGAUCGGCUUGUGCACGCAAUGGACGUGGAGUACGAUAUGAUCGUGCUGGGAACGGGUCUCAAGGAGUGCAUCCUCAGCGGCCUCCUCUCCGUCGAUCGACUCAAGGUGCUGCACAUGGACAGGAAUGACUAUUAUGGUGGAGACUCCACAUCGCUCAAUCUCAACCAGCUCUGGAAAAGGUUCAAGGGUGACGCUACACCCCCUGCAAACAUAGGUGCCAGCAGAGACUACAAUGUAGACAUGGUUCCAAAGUUUAUGAUGGCAAAUGGUGCUUUGGUCCGUGUACUCAUUCAUACUGGUGUUACCAAGUAUUUGUCCUUUAAAGCUGUGGAUGGAAGCUAUGUUUUCAACAAGGGAAAGAUCCACAAGGUUCCCUCUACUGACAUGGAAGCUCUCAAGUCUCCAUUGAUGGGGCUAUUUGAGAAGCGAAGAGCAGGGAAAUUCUUCCUUUAUGUCCAAGAUUACAAGGAAAAUGACCCAAGUACUCACAAGGGGUUGGACCUAAACAAAAUGACCAGUAAAGAACUUAUCUCAAAAUACGGAUUGGAUGAUAAUACAAUAGACUUCAUUGGUCAUGCGGUCGCUCUUUAUAAGGAGGAUAGCUACCUGUCAGAACCUGCAAUUGAAACUGUGAAGCGGAUGAAGCUUUAUGCGGAAUCAGUUGCUCGUUUUCAAGGAAGCUCACCCUAUAUUUAUCCUCUUUAUGGCUUAGGGGAGCUACCACAGGGUUUCGCAAGGCUUAGUGCGGUGUAUGGUGGGACUUACAUGUUGAAUAAGCCAGAUUGCAAGGUCGAAUUCGAUGGUGAAGGUAAAGUUUGUGGUGUUACGUCUGAAGGUGAGACUGCAAAAUGCAAGAAAGUUGUGUGUGAUCCGUCGUACCUCCCUGGGAAGGUGAAAAAGGUUGGAAAAGUUUUUCGUGCAAUUGCUAUCAUGAGCCAUCCGAUUCCAAAUACUGCUGAAUCUCACUCAGUACAGAUCAUAAUACCGCAAAAGCAACUUGGACGCAAAUCAGACAUGUAUGUUUUCUGUUGUUCCUACUCUCACAAUGUUGCAUCAAAGGGAAAGUUCAUUGCAUUCGUGUCAGCACAAGCAGAAAGUGAAAAACCAGAGGCAGAACUGAAGCCAGGAAUUGAUCUUCUUGGGCCAGUGGAUGAGUUAUUUAUCGACACAUAUGACCGAUAUGAACCUGCUAAUGACCCAUCUUCAGACAAUUGUUUUAUAUCAACAAGUUAUGAUGCCACAACACACUUCGAGUCCACUGUGAUGGAUGUUCUUUCCCUGUAUACUAAGAUCACUGGAAAGACCAUUGAUCUUAGCGUGGAUCUAAGUGCUGCAAGCGCCGCCGAAGAUGAUUUCUGAACUGUGAUAUUUAUUGGCCUGAUAUAUGGUGCAUUGUCGAAAAUAUUUAUGGUUUUUUUGUAAUUCAUAAUAGGUGUAUCUUUCCACUCAUUUCUUUUUGAAACUAUGAUAGCUAAGUUUAAUUUAUAAAAUUGUAUAAUGUAUAUUUUAAUUUCCUAAAUUUUGUAUUCGGAGCUCAAUAGUAUGUUUAGCUUUUGACAACACAACACAGUCGUUCUGGUUGUUAUUUUACUGUAAUUUCUUAUAAGACAAGGUUGAUUUCAUGAACAUAAAAAUGCAUGCCGAAUUUCUUUGGCCCUUAUCCAUUUGUUGCCUCC